AAAACUUUUAUUUUUUUUUUUCUCAUUUUCUCUUUAGUGGCUGAAGCUCAGGGCAGGCGCACAGGACCUGGCCCCGGAGGCCCGACGGGGCGCCCGGAAUGUGGGAUCCACAGGAGUUCGAACGCCACUGGCAGGCCGAGUUUCCUGGAGAGGAGGCACCGGUCAUGAAGCUGGACUCGGUGUUGGACAUGGAGCGGGAGCUGGAGCGCUGCAAAGUCAACCUGAAGCGACUGCAACAGGUGCUGGCUGAGGAGAAGUUCAAAAUUUCCUACCUGGAGGCCGCCCUCGCCGGGGAGCAGCAGAACCUCGGCUGCCGACGCGCGGCGGGAGGAGCCGGCUGCAGCGGGGAAGCCUUGGCUGAGAAGCCGGAGCCGGCCGGGCCGGAGCAGGCACCGCGGGAGGAGAAGGAAAGCGCAGCGAGUGAUGGAGGCAGGGGCCCUUUGGACCCGGCGCACACGGACCCCAAGGUGGGGACCCCGGCCGAAUCAUCUCCUUGCGCGUUCCCGGACCUCCCCGCCUGGCCGGGGGCGACUGGCGCCGGGGGCGCGGUGCGCAGCCUGACUGCCGCCAUCCACCAUCAACUGCUGCAGCCGCGCUUGCUGUUCCGGCCGCGGGAAGACUGCGCGCCCCCCGGCUGCGAUGGCUCCUCUCCCCGCGUCCCGGGAGAGGAGCAGUCCCCAGGGACCAGCGCGGGGCGGGGUUCGGAGGAGGGUGAGCCGGAGGCUUCGGGCGCAGACGAUGGAGGGGACAGCAGUGACCACGACUUCGAGAUGGUAGAUCUGAAUGAGAAAUUCAUCCUCGGCCACUUACUCAUGGCUCCCUGCCGUUUCGGGACCCGCGAUGAAGCCGAGAAGCGGACACGGGCGUGCAGCCCUCACCGCUGGUUGCACCUCAUUCCCGGGGGCCGGCGGCAGCACCGCCGGAGCCGCGAUCUGGAACAGUUGGAGACAGAGGCCAAGGAUGGCCGCGGCUCGCCCCUGGCUGAGGAUGAGCCCCUCCGGCGCGGGGCCCGCGAGCACUUCCCCCGGUGGCGACGCAAGAGGUUCUUGCGGGUGGCGGAGCGGGACUCGCCCUGUCACAGCUCGCCCGAGAGGGGCAGCGACUGCAGCCACAACAGUUCGGACCACGAGGACGGCUCCUCCGCAGACUUCAGCUACGGGGCCGACGACUACGACGCAGAGGGGCAUGAGGAGCAGAAGGGAGCCCCGGAGGGCUCGGAGACCAUGCCGUACAUCGACGAAUCGCCCACCAUGUCACCCCAGCUCAGCGCCCGCAGCCAGGGCGGCGGGGACAGCGUCUCCCCCACCCCACCUGAGGGGGUGGCACCUGGGGUGGAGGCGGGAAAAGGCCUGGAGAUGCGGAAGCUGGUGCUCUCGGGGUUCUUGGCCAGCGAGGAGAUCUACAUCAACCAGCUGGAAGCCUUGCUGCUGCCCAUGAAACCGCUGAAAGCCACGGCCACCACCUCGCAGCCUGUGCUUACCAUCCAGCAGAUCGAGACCAUCUUCUACAAGAUCCAGGACAUCUAUGAAAUCCACAAGGAGUUCUAUGACAACCUCUGCCCCAAGGUGCAGCAGUGGGACAGCCAGGUCACCAUGGGCCAUCUCUUCCAGAAACUGGCCAGCCAGCUGGGGGUGUACAAAGCGUUUGUGGAUAACUAUAAAGUCGCCCUGGAGACAGCUGAGAAGUGCAGCCAGUCCAACAACCAGUUCCAGAAGAUCUCAGAGGAACUCAAAGUGAAGGGUCCUAAGGACUCCAAGGACAGCCAUACAUCCGUCACCAUGGAAGCUCUGCUCUACAAGCCCAUCGACCGGGUCACACGGAGCACGCUGGUCCUGCAUGACCUGCUGAAGCACACACCUGUGGACCACCCAGACUACCCGCUGCUGCAGGAUGCCCUCCGCAUCUCCCAGAACUUCCUGUCAAGCAUCAAUGAGGACAUCGACCCCCGCCGAACUGCAGUCACAACCCCCAAGGGGGAGACGCGGCAGCUGGUGAAGGACGGCUUCCUGGUGGAGGUGUCAGAGGGCUCACGGAAGCUGCGGCAUGUCUUCCUCUUCACCGACGUCCUGCUGUGCGCCAAGCUGAAGAAGACCUCCGCGGGGAAGCACCAGCAGUAUGACUGCAAGUGGUACAUCCCCCUGGCCGACUUAGUGUUUCCGUCCCCCGAGGAGUCCGAGGCCAGCCCCCAGGUGCACCCCUUCCCGGACCACGAGCUGGAGGACAUGAAAAUGAAGAUCUCAGCCCUCAAGAGUGAAAUCCAGAAGGAGAAGGCCAACAAGGGGCAGAGCCGCGCCAUCGAGCGCCUGAAGAAGAAGAUGUUCGAGAACGAGUUCCUGCUGCUGCUCAACUCGCCCACGAUCCCUUUUCGGAUCCACAACCGGAAUGGAAAGAGCUACCUGUUCCUGCUGUCCUCAGACUACGAGAGGUCAGAGUGGCGAGAAGCGAUUCAGAAACUACAGAAGAAAGAUCUCCAGGCCUUUGUCCUGAGCUCAGUGGAGCUCCAGGUGCUCACAGGAUCCUGUUUCAAGCUUAGGACUGUACACAACAUUCCCGUCACCAGCAAUAAAGAUGAUGACGAGUCUCCAGGGCUCUAUGGCUUCCUCCACGUCAUUGUCCACUCCGCCAAGGGAUUCAAACAAUCAGCCAAUCUGUACUGUACCCUGGAGGUGGACUCCUUUGGCUAUUUUGUCAGCAAAGCCAAAACCAGGGUGUUUCGGGACACGACAGAGCCAAAGUGGGACGAGGAGUUUGAGAUCGAGUUGGAGGGCUCUCAGUCCCUACGGAUCCUGUGCUAUGAAAAGUGUUACGACAAGACCAAGGUCAACAAGGACAACAAUGAGAUCGUGGACAAGAUCAUGGGCAAAGGGCAGAUCCAGUUGGACCCACAAACUGUUGAAACCAAGAACUGGCACACGGACGUGAUUGAGAUGAACGGGCAGAUCAAAGUGGAAUUCUCCAUGAAGUUCACCAGCCGGGACAUGAGCCUGAAGAGGACCCCAUCUAAGAAGCAGACCGGCGUCUUCGGGGUGAAGAUCAGUGUGGUGACUAAGCGGGAGCGCUCCAAGGUACCCUACAUCGUGCGGCAGUGCGUGGAGGAGGUGGAGAAACGGGGCAUUGAGGAGGUGGGCAUCUACCGGAUAUCUGGGGUGGCCACGGACAUCCAGGCGCUGAAAGCUGUCUUCGAUGCUAAUAACAAGGACAUCCUGCUGAUGCUGAGUGACAUGGACAUCAACGCCAUCGCCGGCACCCUCAAGCUCUACUUCCGGGAGCUGCCCGAGCCCCUCCUCACAGACCGGCUUUACCCGGCCUUCAUGGAGGGCAUUGCCCUGUCAGACCCUGCUGCCAAGGAAAACUGUAUGAUGCACCUGCUCCGCUCCCUGCCCGACCCCAACCUCAUCACCUUCCUUUUCCUGCUGGAACACUUGAAAAGGGUUGCCGAGAAGGAGCCCAUCAACAAAAUGUCCCUUCACAACCUGGCUACUGUGUUUGGCCCCACGUUACUGAGACCCUCGGAAGUGGAGAGCAAAACACACCUCACAUCGGCCGCAGACAUCUGGUCCCACGACGUCAUGGCCCAGGUCCAGGUCCUCCUCUACUACUUGCAGCACCCCCCAAUCUCCUUCGCCGAGUUGAAGCGGAACACACUGUACUUCUCCACCGAUGUGUAGCCUGAGGCAGGGCGGCCGGGGCGAGGGGGCCCUACACAAACUUGAAAGACUACAGUAGGAAUCUCCCACGCCUGGACUUCUGGCUCCAGGGGAUGCCGUCUCCCAGGACCCGGACCCCAUGUGUCCUUUGUGCCACCUUGUACAAAGCCAGCUGCCCAGCCCCUGCCGCCCUCCAUCCCUCUAGUCGUGUCUAACGCUCCGUGCUGUUUGGGAUUGUUUGAUGUGUAUCUGUCAUGCAGAAAAGGUAGUGACCAACCAGUGUGGGCACAGACAGCCUGCUAUGUUCUUUCAUUUCCUGCAGCACUUUCCAUCUUCCUGAGUCUGGCACAGGGGCUGUGACUUUGCACGGUGUAGCUGCCGCCAGCUCCUCCCUCCACCCUCUCCCAAGCCCAGCUGGGUCAGCAUGCAUGCACAGACUCCGUCUCUGCUCCAUCACCUUGAAGCAUCUGAAGAGGUCCCUGGCGGCAGUGGCCAUCGCCUGAGGCUGCCAUGGGCUGUCCCCAAGCCUCUCCCUGCCCCGUGCAAGCACACCUGCUUUGCCUUGCUGCCUGUGCAAAUGUUAGACAAGGAGACAAACUCACACGGAACCCCCAGCUUAGCGCAGGGCUGGGGAGCGGACUUGAGGAAUUCUCCAUUUGCAGGGUUUGUCUUUUCUGUCUCAGCCUGCCGGUAAGGAGACAUCUUUGACUGUUUCUUCUGCUUUUCAGUUCCUUUCCCCCUCGGUGUUCGGUUUCCCUUGAGUGUAGACUCAGACUGAGUGACUUGCUAUGCAGAGGAAUCGGGGGCGGGGGGGAGCAGCUGAGGACAGA